AUGCUGGAGAAGCUACGAUAUAUUUUUGGAGAUGCUAUGAAAUCCCAGUCUUUGCGUCACUCGUCUGAAAUCACGGACUCUGUUAUACCGAACAAUCGCAAACGACCUCGACAUAUUGCUCUUGAUAUCCAUGACGAUGACACACUAAUAUCGACAUCACAACCGACUAACGAUCAGCGUGUUGAUAUGUCUUCAACUAUAAUCGGCAACACUUCAAAAAGAAGCGAUGUUAGGUUUCAGCACAACCGCAGAGAAAGUCAGAAUCACACUUCGGCGGAUUAUAGUCGUCGAUCUUCCGAGAUCCAGGAUCAAAAGCCUUCACCCGAUGUCGAUUUAACGUUGCCUCGUCGCUCAUCCAAGGCUAAGUCUUCUUCAGCAAGGGGUCAGAGCUGUUCGAAGGCUCCUAUAUCACGAAUGGAACAGUGCACAAAUCUGACUCCCCCACAUAAAACCGACGUGUUUUCCAAAAGUUCGGAAAAGCAGGAAAAUCUAUCAAGAAUUGGUUCUACAAUGCAUGAAAUGUCAGAUAGACGGCUGCGUCAAAUGUCAGGACACCUAAGCGAGGAGAGUGUCGAAAAGCUAAUUAUCAAAUCGAUCGCGCCGAUAAUCGAGGAACUGAAAAGCUUACAAAAAAAAGUCAAUCUUUUAGAAAGUUGUCAGAAUCAAUCAACUUUAGCAGUGGCUAAGGAAUUAGCAGAGCUAAAAACAGAGAUCACCAAUCUUCGUGAAUUGACCUUGAAUCAAAGGCAGGUUUUUGACACUGUUCUUGAUAAUCUCAAGCCGUUGUUACACAGUAUCCAACAAUCAAUCGAACGAAGCAAUGCAGAAAUUGGUAGACUUGGUGAUAUACUCGAGUCUAAAAGUCGCCAACCUGACACAUUGCAAAUGGUAGAAAACAUAAGAGCUCGUGGCAUAGAACAAUUGGGUGCUAUUGACAACAUGACCACACAGCUAGAGGCAGUCUCCUACAAACCAUUAUCUAUCGUAUCUACCAGUGACCCGUCGAAGGGUGAUUCUGAGUCAGAUAGGCUUGGUGCUGACGUGGAAAAUGGUAAUCCCUAUGACCCCGCCUUGAGCGGUGUAUCCCAUUAUCACUCACCUGAGCUUUCCAUAAGGUCAGCGUCAAAAGUUGCUCCGUCACAACAACUUGUAUUAUAUGAUGCGGAUUUGGAACAAACUCUACCAACAGAAACCCUGACAAGAAAGGCAAUUGUUAUAUCCAAAGAGGAGGCGGAUCGAAAAGCAUUGCAAUACCGUCGUAAGAAGAAAGUACGCAGAAAGAUAGCCGACUACUUUAAGGAUGUUGUGAAGCAAAAGGUGAACGGAGGCGAUUUUGCAAAUUUGCAUGAGGAUGGUCAUAUAACUAGUGAUACUCAGAGUUCGCAGCAUACCUAUUCCAUAGAUGAGAUACCAGAAACCGAAAAUGAACAGGGAGAUGAAUCCGAUUCCAAAUUAAAGGCAUCUCUCCAACUGAACCCCCGAAUCGACAUCAAUGAGUUUGCUACCCAAACCACUAGCGCCAUCCAGCUGACGGUUAGUCGUCAAGAAGCAACCUUAACGCACAUCCCCACCGAAGUUUUCGCUAAACUUCGGUGGAUGAUUGAUUAUGUUAAAGCAAAUCUGCAAUUUCCGUCGCUCAAUGGCAUCCCACCGCACCAAGUUCACUCAUGGUUGAGGUUGGUUUUUUACUUUGCUGCUAUAUUCAAUAUACCGAAAGGCUCAAGCUUUACCUGCAACGAUUCAUGCGAGUUCUCGGUCGACUUAUUUGUCACCGAGGGUAUUGCAGACAUUGAGAACAAUUGGGCAGCUCAUUCCCCUGACUGCCAAUAUCAACAAAAAGCGAUUGACAUGUUAGCGAAUGUUGAUCAUGUUGGGAAACCAAUGCAUUGGGUAUUGGAUGAAGUAGCCAAACUACUAUCAGGUAACUUAGAAUCUUCACAGUUGAAAAAGCUAUGGAAGGUUACAUUCGAUUGUAAUUUGAGUGAAGAGGCUUCAAAUUAUUUAUUGCAUAAAUGCCAGCAAUAG